GGUGAUUACGUGUUGAUGUUCGCUAGGGGAAGCUAGCUCAAGAAACAAGGCUAGCUCAGCUAGUAGCUAGUCUACCAAACGGUUAAUAUUAUAGCCGUGACAUUAUUGAUAAUAGGUUCAUAUUUGUAAAUCAAACAGUCUUUCAAUUCGUUUUUCAAUAUAACGAAAUGGGCUUCAGUAAAACAUGUUCACUUUGUCUAACUACAUAGUCUGCCAGCUUACUAGUACGGUGGAACAGAAUGGAAAUGAAAGUUCCCUUCUUACACAUUGCUACGCAGAAACACUUAUUUUUGACCUAAGCAAGGGACCCUGAACUUGAGAGGACUCGCAUUGAGGGGUAGUGUGCCCUUUUGAAGACGCAAAACACAUUUUGAAAGAGAACCAAACACAAAAAUGUUUGCUAAGCUGAAAAAGAAGAUUGCUGAGGAAGCAGCCACAGCUCCCAGGACCGGAGUCCGCAUUCCCCGUUCCAUCAGCAAAGAGUCGAUUACCUCUGUGGGGGCAGAUUCUGGAGAUGACUUUGCUUCUGAUGGCAGUAGCUCCCGGGAUGACCUCUCCUCCCAGAUCCUCAGGAGGAACGAUCAGAUUCGCAAACUGGAGGCCAAGUUAUCAGACUACGCUGAGCAGCUCCGACUCAUGCAGAAGACCAAGGACAAGCUUGAAAUUGCAUUAGAAAAACACCAGGAUUCAUCAAUGAGGAAACUACAAGAACAGAAUGAAUUUCACCAGGCCAGUAGAGCCAAAAUGGCGGAGGGAAUGGCAUUAGCCCUGGAGAAAAAAGAUCAGGAAUGGAUGGAGAGGAUGGAAGUGCUGGAGAAGGAGAAGGCCUCUCUGGCCGGGCGCCUGGACGAGAUGAUGGAGCAGAGCCUCAGUCUGUUCCAGAAGAGAGACGAUCUGGACGAACUGGAGGGCUUCCAGCAGCAGGAACUCGCUAAAGUCAAACACAUGUUACUGAGAAAGGAGGAGCAGCUCAGCCAACGGGAGAGGGAGCUCCAGCAGAGAGAGGCUGAGCUGAAGACGGCAAAGAGAGCGCUGGCUGAAGCCCAGGAGAAGCUGCACGCUCUGACCGAGGAGCACGAGGAAACGUGCAGGCUUAACACGGAGCUGGAGGCCGAAAGGGAGGACCUCCUGGAGGUCAGAGAGGAGGCUGAGAACAAAAUCACAGAACUAGAGGGGAGGGGCCAGCACCUACAGAAGGUCAUCCAGCAGGUCUCGAAAGACUUCCAGAAAUCGCGGAGCUCAGCUACAGCCUUAGAGAGGCGUCUCCACAUCCUGCAGGCAGAACACGAUGCCCUGAAGCUACACCAACAGAAGGCUGCAGUGACGGAGGAGGAUAAGGAGCGCAUGCUGUCGGACCUCCAGGAGAAGGUCUCGUCCCUUGAGAGGCGUCUCCAGGGCGACCUGAGCCAGGACGACCACAUGCAGGAGCUGCUCAAGGAGAAGUGUGCUCUAGAGCAGAGGAUGGAGGAGACCCGAGUGGAGCUGUUGGAGGCACGUACCAACCACGCUGACACAGUCAGCUCACUGGAGGCUCAGGUGUCCAGGAUCAACAACAACGUGGGGGAGCUGCAGACGCUCCUGCGACACAAAGACGACGCGUCCAAGUCCUACCGGGAACGGACAGAUGCCCAGAUAGCCGGCCUGGAACAGCAGGCACUGGAGUGCAACGAGAGGCUCAAGAGCUCCGAUCAGCAGAUCGGCGACAAGCAAGCACGUCUGGACAAACUGCAGGCGGAGUGGAGUGCGGAGCGGGAGAGCCUGCAGCAGCAGGUGUCUGCAGAGCUGCAGCAGGUGUCUGCAGAGCUGCAGCAGGGCCGGGAGGCUGCAGAAAUGCUGCAGGAGCAGCUCUCCGCUCUGCAGGCUCAGAGAGACGCGGAGCUCUCCUCUGCCCAGAGCAGGAUCAGUGAGUUGGAGCUGGAGAAGUCCUCCCUUCUCCGGGCGAGCGAGGAGGCCGACGCCACCCUGAGGAGGCAGACAGACGAGCUGGAGCAGGCCAGGGCGGAGCUGGGCAGCAGACAGACAGUGAGCGUGGAGAUCGCCAAGGCUCUAGAGGACACCAGGAGACAGAAGGAGGAGCUCCAGCUGCAGGUAGGGGAGAUGACUGCCUCUCUUCAGACCACAGAACAGGAGCUGAAGCAAGUCAAUGAGCAGCUGCAACAGAAAGAGGAAGAACUCCAAAUGCUCCGCAAUGAUCUCCAGUCAGCCCAGAGCUCUUUGUCCCGAGUCCAGGAGGAGAGGGAGAGUGUGCGGGUGCAGGCGGAGGAGAGGGAGGUGGAGAAGGACAGCCAGCUGGCUGGUCUGAGGCACCAGGUCCUCACCCAGACCCUGCAGCUGGACUCCUGCCAGUCACGGGUAUCUGACCUGGAGGUGGAAGUGGACUCCCUGACUGGGCAGCUGCAGGCUCCGGAUGUUUCUGAGCCCGACCAAAACGGGGCGGUUACUGUGGACGACCUGGACCACAUGCAGAAGGUCAACAAAGACCUGGAACAGCAACUCGGCGAGAAGAACAAGACCAUAAAGCAGCUGCAGCAGAGGCUAGCAGAACUGAAGAGGACCUUGCAGAAGGAGCUGAAGCUCAAACCUGAUCCAGAGACUGAGGGAAAGGAAAAGGCCCAGGAGGGACGGGGAGAUAGGCUGGAGAGGGCCUGCCAGGAGCCCCUAUCAUCCUCCACCCCAGGCCUGUCCCUGGGCCCAGGCCUGACCACUUCCAACACCACUGUCACCAACACCUCAGACCUCAACGACUCCAGGGAGAUCAACUUCGAGUACCUCAAACACGUGGUCCUCAAGUUCAUGUCGUCCAGAGAGGCGGAGGCGUUUCAGCUCAUCAGAGCCGUGUCGGUGCUGUUGAACUUUACUCGUGAGGAGGAGGACAUGCUCAAACAGACUCUGGAAUACAAGAUGUCCUGGUUUGGAUCCAAGCCAUCUCCAAAGGGCAGUGUUCGACCAUCCAUUUCAGGAGCACCUGCUCACUGGACCUAAGGGGGGAGAGGAGGCUAGAGACAUGGAAAGGAAGGACAAAGACAAGUUCACCUACAACAUGUCCUCCUUGCAUGUCUACCAUCACUGUGGCAACUAAAGAAGGCACCACCCAAGCUUUAAAACUGUCUCUGACACAGACUCCGAUGUAGCUCUGUAACCUUUCCUCGAAGGACUGCUCUUUAACCGAGAAGGGCUUUGAAAGAACUCUGUAUGGCUUGAUUCUGACAACUGAAAGUCUUGCUUUUUAGUCAUUUUUACUUUUCAAGGGGAUUUUAGGAAUUCGUUAAAGGCAGACUUGACUUUCACUCACUUAUGUUAACCUGGAGUGUAACCUACUUUUUGCCUGAAAUGAGGCACUGACGAGUUCUCCUCUGCUAUAGACACGGUGCUGGUGUGUGUCAAUAUCCUGCUCUGCUGUUACCAUGGUGAGAGAGCUCCAUCAGACUGCCAUGGCUCUGUGUCAAACAUGGGGCCUGACAGAAUUGACGGUUUCUCCCUUCGUGUUUUCCACUGUCUUUUGAUUUCUUUGUCUUUCGUUUGGACAUCAGAAAAUGGUACUUACUGCCAAUGACUUCCUGUGGUAUGUGGUUGAGAAAGGGAUUUGUGAAUGAUGAGAGCAUGAUGAUAACCUUAUAGAUGCUUCAAUUCAUCCUCUCUAUAUCUGAAUGGCAAUGUCCCUGCUUUCUGAAGGAUCUAACUGUCUAUCAUAUGAUAUUGUCAUGAAUAUAUCGAUAUUAUUUCAGAGGGCUGGUAUAUGAUAAUGAAUCAGUUUAACAGGGUGCUUGGGAAAUCCUUUAUCUGAGCGGGUUAGAACUAUAUUUUCUUUAUCAAUAAGGAAUAUAGUUUAAAGAGGAGAUGGGUAAUCAUUUUAAUAUAAUGUUGAAGUAAAUAAUAAUUGAAAGUUAUCAAAAUGAGAAUGAUUGGACAUGCUCUACCUUUACCUGCCUUGUGUUUGUGUAAAUUACGGUACAUUCCAUAUGUCUAUUUAUAUAUGAAAACUGUACAUAUGCAUUGAGAACUUUAUAAAUCAGUAGAUGUAAAUUAUUUGGUUUGACCCAUGACAGUAUUUUUUUCAUCAUGUACCUCUUUAUUGUUCCAUACCUGGCCUGUUGCUCUGUUUUCACUUUCUGUUGGUACAUGUUCCUUACUUAGGUCUUCUCUUUUUGAGCUAACAAUUAAGACCAUUAAUCAGCUGGUGACAAAACAUCUAGGGAAUAUGCAUGCCUUAUACUUGACUGCAUAUUUGCACGUCCAGUUUGGCCACAACCACAGUGUUGACUAUUCUAGUAAGAGACAGAAACAAUCAAGAAAUCUGGAUCCUAUGUGUUUUCAUCAGCAAAGGGUAAAUCAUGUAAAUGAAAGAAGAAAAGCAUUUUGUCCAUUAUACUGUCAAGGCAUCUCCACUGUAUGGAUGUUUUUUUCAAGGUCAAUAUACAGCCAUGAAGUGAAGGACUACAAGCGUUAUUGUAAUUGUGUUGCAGCUACCGUCAUUCAGGUCAUGUGGGCUAUUUAGUGGAAACAACAUAAGUUGUGCAGUCUGUGAAACUAAAAAUAACGUUAUUCUUUUGAAGGCUUGAAUAGACAAUUUUGGCUUCACACCAGUACAGUCACAGUACAAUACUAUACCAUAUUAUAUAUAUAUAAUAUAUAUAUAAUAUAUACCAUAUUUUAGUUUUUAAAAGAGCCACCACUACAGACUAUUGUCUUCAUUGACUGUUUUCGAUUACUGACAAUAAAUCAAGACAUUGUA